CAAAUUUAAGAUGGCUACAGAGAGUGCACUCAUCAAAGUUCACGUGAAAUCACCGUCGAACAAGUAUGACGUUGAGAUUGCUGCGGAUGCAUCAGUUUCAGAACUAAAAGACAAGGUUCUUGUGUUCGUUCCAACUGCGAACAAAGAACAAGUUUGUAUAAUUUACACCGGAAAAAUUCUGAAGGAUGAAGAAACUCUCACACAGCACAAAAUCGCUGAUGGUCACACCGUCCACUUGGUUAUUAGAAAUCAAGCCCGUCCAACACCAGCGCCGGCUGCUGCAACACCAACAGCUUCAUCUGCACCAAGUUCCAAUCCAACACCUUCUUCACAACCGAAUCCUACCAAUAAUCCAUUUGCAGCAAUGGGAGGAAUGGGAUCACCUGCUGAUAUUUUAAACAAUCCAGAUGCUAUGCGUUCAGUUAUGGAUAAUCCAAUUACACAACAACUUCUAGGAAAUCCAGAGUUUAUGAGAACAAUUAUUCAAUCCAACCCACAAUUCCAAGCAUUGAUUGAGAGAAAUCCAGAAGUUGGACACAUUCUCAACGAUCCGAAUGUAAUGCGUCAAACUAUGGAGAUGAUUCGUAAUCCAAAUAUGUUCCAAGAAAUGAUGCGGAAUCAUGAUCAAGCUAUUAGGAAUCUUCAGGGAAUUCCCGGAGGAGAAGCUGCUCUUGAACGGUUGUACAAUGAUGUACAGGAGCCCUUGCUCAAUAGUGCAACAAAUUCGCUCAGUGGAAAUCCAUUUGCUUCUCUAAGAGGUGAUCAGAGCAGUGAGCCACGUGUCGAUCGUGCUGGACAAGAAAAUAAUGAAGCUCUGCCAAAUCCAUGGGCUUCAAACGCCAAUCAAGCUACCAAUAAUCAAUCGAAUAAUCGUUCUGCUGACUUUAAUUCAUUGCUUGAUUCACCUGGCAUCAGCUCCCUAAUGGAGCAGAUGAUGUCCAAUCCAAGUAUGCAGGCCAGUAUGUUCAGCCCAGAAGUCAUCAAUUCAAUUCGUCAAAAUAUGUCAAACAAUCCUGGACUCAUUGAUUCCAUUGUUGGACAAAUUCCAUCGGCUCGUGAUAACCCACAGAUUUCCGAAGGAAUUCGUAGAAGUUUUCCACAAAUGCUCAACAUGAUGUCUGAUCCAUCUGUGAUGGAGGCAAUGAGAAACCCACGGGUCAGUGAAGCAUUCCGUCAAAUUCAAGAGGGAUUUUCAACUCUUCGCAGAGAAGCACCUCAACUUUUGAACCUUUUCCAAGCUGGAGCAAUGGGAGGUGGAGCAUUCGGUUCUGAUGCCAAUGCAUCUUCUGCUGGAGCAAACUCUGCAAACGGACUUGCCGAUUUAUUCAAUUCAAUGAAUAUGGGAGGAGGAAGAGUGAGUAUAUUGAAUAUUUGAUUUCUUAUGUCACUUCUUAUGGGAGCAGAGCCCUCAUCGACUGCUGCACCAGUGAAUCCGGAGCAAACCUAUGCAUCACAACUCGAACAACUUCAAUCGAUGGGCUUCUCGGAUCGUGCCAGAAAUGUGGCAGCGCUGACCGCAACGUUCGGAGAUCUCAACGCGGCUGUCGAACGUCUUCUCAACUCUCCAUAGAUCCCCAAUUGCCACACAUACCUAUUUCCCACACACACAACCCUCCGCCGAUUCCUUCCACUAUCAUUUUUUUCUGUAAACUUAACUUGGUCUGUGAUCUUGCUUCUCGCCUAUCCAAAGGUUAUCCUUUUAAAUCUUUAUUCUAAAAUGUGAACAACUAGUAUAUUCGUUCUUCUAGUAUCACCCUUCCACCAGUUUAAAAUUAUUCUUUUGUAUUCCGUACCAGUUCAAGUAUAAGUUAUUUUCUUUUGGUAUUGCGUAUUCAUUCAUAAAUUCGAGCUUCGUUGGAGCUUCCUGGCAA